GCCGUAUCGCUCCAAGCCGUACCUAGCCGGCUCGUCGCAGGCCUGUUCUAGCUGUAACCGCUACAGCGGCAGUAGUCUCAACAACCGAGUCAACAUUAUCAACCGCACAACAAUACCUGUUGCUGCUGCUGUUGCUGCUGCUGCUGCUGCUGCUGCUGCUGCUAUGUGAUCGCGUUGGCCUGGCUACCGGCGACCACCUGCUAGUGGACUAGCGUACUAUCUGUACCAGUAAAGUACAUCAGUUCAACUAAUACAAAUACCAAGUAGGAUCUGUGAAGGCGCCCGUGUUGUUUGCUGUUGUGUCGCUCUCGAGAGAGAAAAAAGUAUGUAAUAGAAGUGCUCUCUUUGUCUGUCCCUUUUUCUCUCUCGCUUUGUUACCAAAAAAAGAGGCCUAGAAGGACGGAACAAACUGGCCUACCGGCACUAGUAGUGCCAGACUUAACAGGUCGAUCGGUCAGCGAAGGCUUGACGGCAUAGCCCGUAGUGCUUUUUCGAGAAUGAUUUGGUGAUUGCAUUUGAUCUGUUCGUUGAUUCAGUAAAUGGACGUUUGGUCGAUAGGUUGACUGACUGACAAACGAUACUUCGAGUUGUGGUGCGGGGUGCGAUCUCAGUGAGUGAUCUCAGUGCGUGGGACUAUAGCCUAACUACAAUAAACUGUUUGUUCUAUCAAAAUUGUGCUAAAACAACAAAUACUGCAGUUACUAUCACGCUACAAGGCAGCACUGAUUGGCAAUAGAUUCCUUGUCGCUGUUUCUAACGUACGUGCAAAAGAUAAUCACACUCCCUAUUGUUAAAGAAUAUCUCUAGCAAAGAUGGAAACCUGUGUACUCAUCCCUCAGGAGUUGAUCCUGGGAGCAUCAUCACACAACGAAACAGUUCUUGCCGUACGGACGAGUCAGCGCCUCGAACGCGCCAUGAGGCUUCUACCAUUCCAAGGAACAGUUCGAACUGACAAGAUUGAAGUCAGCGACAAGAUCGACGAUGAAGAUAUCCGACACAGGUUGGGCUGCUACGAGGAGGUGAUCACCGUUCAUAGUCGACAAAUUCGCUAUUGCAACUGGGUUCGAUUUCUUCGAGUGGUCCCAGAAAUGAAUGACGAAGUCAAUUUGCUGGCAAGCACUGUUCAGGGAGAAACCAUAUUUGAGGUACUCGUCGAAGUAGCUCCGGGUGUAGAACUUGUAGCCUUCUUUGAUAAACGCGAUGGUACACCUCCUUCAUUACCGAUCUUGGCCCUUCAACGUAGCGUCAAUUUCCUUCAGUACCGCAAUGGCAUGGGCAGUAUCCUUGAAGAAAACCCAUUGGAUCUCUCGCAAUCGCUUGUGGCUGGUUCUUCGACCCGUUCUCCAUCAUCAUCGCCACGCCCGGAGGUGAUGACCCCUCCAUCAGAAGGCCGUCGAUCCGUUAGCUCCGAUCGCAGCGAUCAAACGGAAGAUCUUCCAGCAAUGGAACUCAGUAGUUCGCAUAAUUUACAACUCAACCAUCGGAUCAAUGCGGCGUCACCUACAUUUUCCUCAUUAUCUCCUGUGGCGCGAUCUCCGCUAGGUUUGACAACACUGGCAAGCCCAUUAGGAGCUCUCCGUGGGUUGGAGGCCACUAGCCCCUUGCCGGGAAUGGCCUCUCUGGCGCCCGGAUCACGGACUCCGCUCGGAUCGGUAAAGAAACCUCGAGAAAGAACACUGCUUCCAUGCGAAGUUUGCGGGAAGGCUUUUGACAGACCUUCACUUCUAAGAAGGCACAUGCGCACACACACCGGAGAGAAGCCUCACGUCUGCGACGUUUGUGGAAAAGGGUUCUCCACGUCGAGCUCGCUUAACACACAUCGGCGCAUCCACAGUGGAGAAAAACCGCACCAGUGCAACGUUUGCGGGAAACGCUUCACCGCUUCCUCUAACCUUUAUUAUCAUCGGAUGACACACAGCAAGGAAAAGCCGCAUAAAUGCACCCUUUGCUCGAAGUCUUUCCCAACGCCGGGUGACUUGAAGAGUCACAUGUACGUCCACUCCGGAUCUUGGCCCUAUAAGUGUCAUAUUUGCAAUCGAGGAUUUAGCAAACAAACAAAUCUUAAGAACCACAUAUUCCUGCAUACAGGAGACAAGCCACACAAAUGCGAGAUCUGCAACAAACGGUUCGCCCUCCCCUGCAACCUGCGAGCCCACGUUAAGACCCACGAAGAACAAAGCCCGUUGGAUAAGACACAGUGUCCGCAAUGUGACAAAUUCCCGUGCGACUGCAAGGACAAUGAAAAAGAAAAAGACAUUGAGGAGCACUCGAGCGACGGAGCUUCCGAUUCAGGCUUCGAAAUGAAGGCGGUACGACAAACGGGCGAAGGACGGUCAGAUCUCGUUGGCACGGGAGGACCACAGUUCAACCUUUUUAGCAAUUUGAUGCUGGACCAGAUGAUGCUCGCUAGCUAUCAACAACAGAUGAGUGUGUUCAUGCCGCCAGCGUUACGAGCGCUUAAAAUGUUCCAGGAAGGCGGUUUCGCCUUGCCAACACCACCGUGAUCGAUCCCCUCUAUCGAACAACCUGUGUACUUCACUCUAAAAUGCAUUGGCUAGUACCAACCUUGGAAGCGUCGGGCCGUUGUCCAAGUUUCUCUACCUUUCAUAAAUAGGCUUUCUUUUUCAGCUUAACACGAUGAUCUCCUGCGGACUGAACGCAAUGUAUCAUCCUUAUAUACAAAGGCUUUUUUAAUUACAUGCUUGAUCAGCCCUCUGUUCCUAAAGUCAUGUCGCAGGACUUGUGCAGAUAAGUGAACCGGCAGCUCUGCCCUUACAAGUAUGACAAAAAGAUAUAAAUACGAUAACUCUUUUAUAAUAACAGUACUACUAGUAAACACUGAGGAAGAGGAAGAAGAGUAUGAAACUCGAGUUGCGAGGACAUGACGGCACCGUUCGAGAGAGUUUUACGUUACUAUCAAUCGCGUACAUAUAGCACGGUACAAAAAUAGCAAAAAACUUAGGAUACGAGCCAUGUCACAUCGUCUCUUCACAACGUACGAUAAGGGGAUGCUGUUAUCACUUUAUCGGCGUUGGGCUGGGUCGGGCAGCGUUGAGCGGCGUGUCAUGGCAGAGAGAACGAUGGAACAAACAGAUAAAAAAAAAAGAUGAUGUAUGGAUGACGCUAGCGAGCUCGAUAGCCUCAAGAAAACUCCAACCGAUACAAAUAAGAAACAUGAACAGAAUAUAACAUAAUACUAAGACAAUAUUGAUGAGACAUAUCGAACAGAAUCCUAUCAGUUGCCCUUU